AUGGGAGAUUUCGGGUUGGUUACUGGCUGGGUCUGGGUUUGUUGGAAGGAGUGGUCUGGGUUUGUUGGAAGGAGUGGUCUGGGUUGGAAGGAGAAGCGAGCGAGUGUGUCAGCAAAUUCUUACAAGUAUAUAGGUGGAGUAGUACGAACUGAGCGAACCCCCGGUCAUUAUUUACGAUGUAGUACGGGGAAGGAAGUGGAGACCGGCAGUUUGGAGGAGAGGAUAUGUAUAAGAGAGAAAGUAUUGAAUUGGGAAGGCUUUUCUUUUCUGUUUCCAUUCAACUUUUCUGCUUGGAUUCUGGGCGCUUUGCUCGAUCAAGGACGCGUAACGUUUUCCUCUCUUUUUCAAGUCCUCGAGACAACCAUCAGCUUCAAGACUUCCCUCUUCGAUACAUUCUCCUCACAGUAG